AGGAAGCAGUGAACACAUGGGUUUGUGUAACAGCUUCAUGCAGUGAAAUGUAAGGACAGACCUGUGUCCAUGGCGGGACAUCUGAAGAAGCAGUUAAAAGACGCAGUGAAGGUCAUCAGCUCAGGUAGCCUUCUAUUUGUCUCCUACCUCACCGCGGUUGGAGAUGAGCGUUUCUAUGCGAACCAGCUCAUGCCCCUGCUGCAAAGGAUUGUGGGAGCAGAGAUGGCGCAUGUGUUGGCAGUGAAGAUGAUAGGUUUGGGUGUGGUUCCUCUGAACCGCUACCAGGACCCUGCAUCAUUGGAAGUGAACGUCCUUGGAUUAAAGUUCAAAAAUCCUAUUGGCAUUGCAGCGGGCUUUGACAAGCACGGGGAGGCUGUGGAUGGCUUGUACAAAUUGGGUUUUGGCUUUGUUGAAGUGGGGACAAUCACUCCCAAACCUCAGCCAGGGAACCCCAAACCACGUGUGUUUCGACUCCUUACAGAUCAAGCCAUUAUUAACAGAUAUGGAUUCAACAGCUGUGGUUUGGCAGAGGCACAGCAGAGGUUGAAGGCCAGGGAAGAAACACAGCAAGAGCAAAGUAAAGCUGGCCUUCCCCUGGGCAUCAACCUGGGGAAGAACAAGCUGUCCCAGGAUGCAGGGACAGAUUACUUGGAGGGGGUGAGAAUGCUGGGCCCGCUGGCUGACUACCUGGUGGUCAACGUCAGCAGUCCUAAUACACCGGGUCUCCGGGACCUGCAGGGGAAGGCUCAGCUCCACCAGCUCCUACAUACGGUGUUGAAGGAACGUGAUGCCCUGCAGGGAGAACACAAACCUCCGGUGCUGGUGAAGAUUGCUCCUGACCUCACUGCACAGGACAAACAAGACAUUGCUGAUGUUGUCACUGAGCUGGGAGUGGAUGGGUUAAUGGUGUCUAACACCACCGUGUCCAGGCCAGAGACGCUUCAGGAUCCACACAAGUCUGAGGUUGGUGGGCUAAGUGGCCUGCCUCUCAAAGACCUCUCUACUAGCACUGUAAGAGAGAUGUACAACCUCACCAAAGGUGAAGUACCAAUCGUGGGAAUUGGCGGUGUGGCCAGUGGGCAGGAUGCUAUGGAUAAGAUCCGUGCCGGUGCGUCAUUGGUUCAGCUCUACACUGCUCUGACCUAUCAGGGUCCACCUGUAGUGACAAAGAUAAAGCGAGAAUUGGAACAACUUCUAAAAGAUCAAGGUUUCAGCAGCGUCUCUGAGGCAGUUGGAGCAGAUCACAGAGGAGCAGAUUGGUCGACUCGUAAGCAGAUCAAGCUGAAAGAGAUGGUAAAUGUUAACACAGACACUCAGGGCUUAGCAGCACCUGUAGCUGCUGUCUCCUCCAACUAGGCAACAUGAUGGUCAACUUUUCCUGAAAAGAGAUGAAUGCUGAGUAUUUGUGAUAGUCCAUCUGUGCAUUCAGUCAGCUCUGACCUGGUUGUCUUUAAAACCAUAUUUUCAGUAAUGGUGGUGAGGAGUGCGGAGAAAGUAAAAUGCACCAAAUCUCAGCUACACCUUUACUUAUUAAGUGAGUAAUGGUAAAUCUCUGAUGGUGCAAUUGUAGUACUGAGGCGCUGAGGUCGAUUUGAAACUUUAUUUCAGACGUUUGUCCUUUUGUUACAGUGUUACAGCAGUUAGCUUUUCUCAAGUGCAUACUGAAACCAAAGUGCUUGAAUUUUUCACACACUUGCUCCCUAAACUAAUUUUUACAAAUGGAUACAAGCAGUUUUUCUUGUGUGUAAAGAAAAUAAUCUGAAAACUUGUUUGUUGUCCUCCAUUUCAGUAAUUAUAUAGAAGUUGAAACAAUACAUUCAAAUGUUGACAUUGUAUUAUUCAUUGCCAAUCUAAAUAUAGAUGUUAUUAUUCGUAAAUGAAUGGAAGAGUGCAAACAUUUACGGGUUUGGGAUCGAAUUAUUUAUUUUGCUAUGUGCUAUGACCGAGGGCUUGUAGUGGGGCUGUUCAUGGCGAACAUUUGUGAGCUCUCUGUUUCAAUCUGUUGUACAUCAGACUUGGUAAAAGCUCCAACCGGUUACAUAGAGGACAGCUGGUACACAAAGUUCAAACUCUUAUGAUUGUAUGUGCCAUUUGCGGACAACACAUUACGAAAUUUCUAUUUUGACAUUUUUAAUGUUUUCAGUUUUACUGACAUCUGAAGCUGACAUUGUAUAAACCUACACAUUUAAGGCAAUGACUCGGUAUACUGUGUAUGAAAGAUAUUUAUUCCAGUGUGGGAGGUUCCUUUCACUACAUGUUCAUCAUCCUAGCAUUAUGCCGUGUAGAUGAUCUGGUGAAGUCAUGCAAUCAGAUUUUAUAUGAUGUGUUGAUGUGUCCAUCAAAAAGAAGACAAAUGCAUCACUAGAUUUUACAUUUGGUCAGGUCAAGUUGGUUGUUUGACCCCAUCUUCUUUUUCCUGCACUGAAAGACCUUGAAACAAUGAUGACAAACAUGGAACCAGAGAGAUUACAUUCAUGUUAUGCUUAUUUCCUCACUGGUUUACUGUCAUAAAAACUCAUCGGCUUAGGAAUGCAAUAUGUUCUGUGAGAGGAGGGGUUGAAACAUGCACUUGUUUUGAAUUUGAAUGUAUACCAUCUUCAGAUUUCAGCAAACCCAGUUUUGUUUUUGCGUGUAUGUGGAGGCACAUGUUAAGGAGAAUCAGCAAACACUGGAGCUCUGUUGAUUUAUGAAAGGCUUGAAGAUGAGUGUGCAAUGUUCCCGGCAGCAAUAGAGAAAGCCCUUCAACUCCUCUUCCCAUUAGAUGAAGUCCCACUCCCCUGUGUUCUUAUUAGCUGUGGGCAUUGUGGCAUCAUGAGCCAUUGGUGCAGGCUUUUAUUGUUAUUCUUGGGUUUUUCCCUCACUCAUUGACACAUUGCGAUGCCUUCCUAUAGCCUAUCACAACACCGCCCGCUAAUCCUAGAAUAGACAGCAGUCAUUAGACAUGGCCAGGGAAGGCAGCAGUACUGUGAGGAUCAGCUGUGAGCUGCCAAGCACUUCCUUCCCCCUCUCCUGAGGCCAAGUCCAAACUGGCUUGUAUCCCAUAUGUGGUGUCACAAGGGGGAGGAGAGGGGAGGCCUGGCUUCCAGAUUAGCAAAACUUUAAAACUGAAGGCCACUUAGAUGUACGUUUUCCUCAUUUAACUUUGAUCAUAGCUAGGAGGCAGCACUUAAUCUGUCCCUGAGAUGCUGUUUGUGCCGUGCUUUGAUACAGUCUGAAGGCUAAUAGGAAGAGAAGGGUCAGUGCUGGUCUUAAUAUAUCACCUUGAAUGAGCGUUAGGCAAAUAUUCAUUAUUGUAUCUAGCACUAUGCAUGUAUU